AACUAACAAGUCAUUUUACAGAUAAAAUGAAGCUUUUCUGUUUUUUAAUAUCAUACAUCUUUGUAAAUGUUUCGGCAGAUUAUCUAACGGAUUAUAAGAAAGAGGUCUUAUAUGCAAAUGCAUCCAUCGAGCGUGCUUAUAAUAUGAAUGAUUUAACUGUAGGAGGUAUUUCUGGAGCAAAUGGACUGGAGCAUGUAAUUGAAAUAAUGGUUAAUGAAAACCAAUAUUACAAGAAUUUCGCAAAAAUCAAUCUUAUGAUCGCUGUACCGGAACAAACGUGCAUUGCCUAUGAUAUACCGGAUUUGCCAUUUUGUGACAAUUUGCGCAAAUCGAGGGGUCACCAGAAAAUGAUGGAAUGGCAAAUUAGAUAUACAUUAGGUAUGGACUAUCCCGAUAUUGAUCAAAACCAAAAUUUUGAAGCCUUAGAUUUGAAAAUCCUUGCAAACAAUAGAAGAGAACAUGUUGUUCCAGCUUUAAGAAAUAUAAUCAGACGUGUAUUAGAUAAACCCGUGCAACAUGUACAAGAUGAUGCCGCUAUAUUACAGAUGUGUCGUUUGUUAGGACUAUACAAGAGUGCACAAUUUCCAAGAUCAUACAUAAGUAGUCUUGAGAUUAACACAGUUCGUGGUACUUGUAUUCUUUGGGAUAUAAGUAAUACACCAAAAUGGUACAGAAAAAAUAAUGGCGUAUGGGAGCAAUUAAAGGUAGAAGGUACAGCACAGCCACUUGAGGAGCAGUUUAAAAUAAUUUAGACCAGGGAUCAAUGGCUUAACUCUUUUAACAUUGUAUAAUUCCAUUGUUAUUUUAAUGAAAUAAUAUUUUCAUAUUGCACUAAUAUCCUAUUAUAUAUUGCACUUAUAGAUGUCAUUUAAUUUAAUAUAUUUCAUAAUAAAUUGUUUUACUCACGAUUACAA